AUGCCUUUGCGACUUCGUGGCAUGCUACGAGCCUCUUUGCGUUGUCGUCCCUCCUUGGGGAGUGCUCCUGCCAAGCAACGAAGACCGCUGCACGCUCACCAGGUUGAGCGACGUCAGGUGUCGCUGGCAUCUCCAGCUGACGGUGUGAAGAUUCCACAUGCGCGGCCACCCAAGGUCAUCAGAAACGGCCCUGCUCCUCUUUCAAGUUUUGUUGUUGACCAAUGGACUCCGCACGAGGGCAUCGUCGUCGACCGCUUGCAGUCGGGAGCGCUUCUUGUUGACGUGGGCUGCGAGGUGCCUGGUAUGCUGCCAGCCGUUGGAUAUUUUGCAAGCAAUGCUGAUGAGCUCGAUCAACUUUCGCCUGGCGAUAGGGUGACCUGCUAUGCAUGCUGCAAGUACCUGGAGAGCAAGAAGCUCUUUCUGAGCCUGCAUCGCCGAGAAGUCCCGAGAGAGAGGUGGAAGAAAGUCAUUGCUGACGGGCAGAGGCCGUAUGAAGGUGUCGUGCAGCGACUUGCGCCCUUCGGUGUCUUCGUAGACCUGGGGACAGAGGUCCCAGGCUUGCUUCCAAACGAGCAGCUGCCCAGCGAAUUGCAUUGCAAGGUUGGUGAUGCCAUCACGGUGUAUGUUGUCAGCAAGCGCCCAGAUACAACAAAACUCGACCUGGCCACAAGCCCCAGAAGUCAUGCUUUGCGCCGAUGGAUAGAGAUCCCCGGAGACGGACGCACUCCGCACAAAGGCACGGUGCUCGGCUUUCUGGAGGGCCGCGGGGCCUUCAUAGACAUGGGCUUCGAGCGACCUGCGCUGCUUCCGAUGGCGGUGAUCGAGGCACAGGAAGAGCAGACGGACUUGAAGUGCGGAAGUGAGCUCACGGUUUACAUCACGGACAAGCAGAGCAAAUCCGGCAAGGUCACCCUGGCACUGGCACCAUCGACCCUUCCGAAACGUAGCUGGGAAGACAUCAUUGCAGACGGCCAGACGCCCUACGAUGGUGUCGUUCGACGCAAGUUCGACUAUGGAGCAUUGGUCGACAUCGGCUAUGACUCGCUCUGCUUCUUACCCAACCCGCAGGUGCCGAAGAACUCGGCUAGCAACAGCGUGAGCGUCGGCCGAGAGUUGACUGUGUAUGCAGUUCAAAAGCGGAUGAACACUGGAAGGGUGUCCCUCUCUCUUGAACGCAGGGCCAAGCCGCUGGAAGACCUCCAGGACGUCUGCUGCGACGGUCGCAGUCCCUACCGUGGCAUAGUCCGCACCGUCAAUGAGUUUGGACUUUUCGUGGACUUUGGUUGUUCUGUUGUUGGGAUGUUGGACGAGGACUACGAUGACCCAGCUCUGAUAGAGAAGCAGUCGUGUCUGCAGGCCGGUGAUGUCGUCACCGUAUAUCCAAUCUGCAAGGAUUUGGGGAAUGGCAGGGUCUAUUUGUCCUUGAAGAAGCGUGACGUGCCAAUCCGCUCAGUCUGGGACCUCGCAGCAGACGGGCAAACCCCGUACCUUGCACGAGUAGUGUCGGUCCAUGGGCGAGACUGCACGAUGGACCUCGGGGCCGACACGCGGGGGCUGCUCACCCGAACAAAUGCCCCGCUGGAAACCUACACGAAGCUGGAGGUAGGAGACAUGGCCCAUGUGUACAUACAUCACCGCAACUCCGCGACGGCUUCCUUGACGCUCUCCUUAGUACCGUCGCCAGUUCGCAAGGUGCCUUCGAGCAAGAUUUUGGCAGACCUCCAGCUUGACGCUUCCAAGGUGUACACAGGAGAAGUGUAUUGCAUUCAGCAUGGCUACGUCUUCCUGGACAUCGGAUCAGAGUUGGGGGCAAUGAUGCUGGAUGCAGUUCCAUCCGCUUGUCGGAUUGGUGAUCGCAUCCGUGUGAGGAUCUCUCAUCAUGACACGAGGCGUGGGAGGUUUCGUGUCGUCCCAAUCACGACGGAAACUCAACAUGCGCAGCGGGGCAGCAACAAGUGCAAGGAAGCCUGGGAAGACAGGGAGGAUGCAGAAUCAGUGGAAGAGGAAGCCGUGGAAAAUCAGAAGAGCCAUUCUGCAGGA